GCCUAUCCCCAAAAUGUACCGAUAGCCAAUAGGGCACCAAACCAACUAAACCAUUUUUGCUUGUUCGUCAGAAGUUCGAUCGAAGUGGUUGACGAGAGAAAAUGGGUGGAGGAGGAGAACAUCACGGCGACGCAGCCCACGGCCAUGGCGGAGGGGAUUUCAGGACCAAGGUGUGGACUAUGAGCGGUGGUCCGAACUGUCGCCCCUUGCACUGGAAGCGCAACACAGCGAUCGCCAUGGCUGGUAUUUUCCUCGUUUGCAUCCCCAUCGCCAUGAAAUCUGCGGAGCUUGAGCAACGACCACAUAUGCCUGUUCGACCAGUUCCAUCACAGAUAUGGUGCAAGAACUUUGGGAACAAAGACUAUUGAGUUGUAUUAGUUUCUUCAUCAGAACAUCGAACAUUACAAGUUUUUGUUAGGCAAAAUGUUGUUGCCUUUUUCUUGAACAUUGUGGGAGUUAUGCUUUUAUAUUUGUGUUACUGAAGAUAAAAAUUUGCUGUUGUUUUGGUGCAUAAUGUUAAAUUCAAUAAGAAAGACUUGUAAUUUUCUUGCUC